AUGGCAUUACACACGGCAGAUUGUCUGAAUGACUUUGGACCUGCAAACAAUUUUUGGUUGUUUGCUUAUGAACGUGAGAAUGCUGUUGUUGGCAAUGCUCCGACUAAUGGAAUAUCAAUUGAAGGGCAGUUAUUUAGAAGAUAUCAUGUGCAAUAUCAGCUGGAGAGCUCUUUCAUCGAUCCUGUGGAUCUGCCACAGCUACCUUCAAUCCCUGCUUAUCUGUAUGCUCUUUAUGAAAGUUGGACUGAUAUAGUGACAAACUUGGAUUUUGGCAGGUGGCUGCCUAGUAGAUUACAAUUAGCCGCAUCUACUAGAAUUACUAAUGCUGAACGAAAAGAAGACCUUAUGCGCGUGCAGCUAAUGUUAGAUGCUGAUGAAGAUGAUGAUUCAAUGGACUCUUGGCCAGUUAGUCUUUGUCACCCAGCUAGAAAAAAUUUUACUUUGGCAGAUAAUGUACAGGCUUUACUUGUUAAACGCUUUCAACAACUUUAUGGUGACAAGUUAGUCUGUGUUGCCAGGAAGAUUGACUUGUUUGCACGAUGUAUGGUCAAUGGAUGUGUCUUUAGUUCAGAGAUGAACAGAACAAAUCGAACAAAUGCCGUUCUAGUGUACUGGACAAUCCUCGAUGACCAAGAUCAGUUUGUAACGAAGCCAUACAUUGGCAAUGUUUUGUUUUUUCUUCAAGCACUUGUUUAUAUUAGAGAAUCUGGAACAGAUGAGAUCAAACUGUUACGCCAUACCCUUGCCAGAGUGGAGUGGAUCAAGCCAAGUUCAACUUCAGUUGAUUUUGAUUCAGGCUUGCUUUCCCUGCAAAGGAGAAACUACAGUGAAAGUCACUUUCCUUUUAUUACUCCACGACGGCUAAUAUGCAAAUGUACUCUAAUUGAUAUUAGUCAAAAACGUUUGGUUGUGCAAAUUCCUGUUAGUUCAUAA